AUGGAUAAGGAAAAUGAAAACUUUUUAAUUACAGAAAAACAAGUGACGCAGGAUGAGAUAAAGAAAUUCAAAGAAAAUCUUCUAGGGUCGGUAGCAAACGGAAACAAUACAGUAACAAAUGAGUCAGAAUUGAACAUCCCCCAAACGCAUCGACCUCGAUCAUCGUCCAAAGCCCGAGAUGCUCUAUGUAUACCCGCUAAUGUUAUGUCUGAGUUAGAUGAAUCCAAAAUUUUUGAACUAAAGGAGGCGUUUCUUCUUUUCGACCUAAAUGGAGAUGGUUAUAUUGAUCAAAAUGAUUUGCGAGGAACAUUUGUCAGUCUUGGAGAAACAGUUGAUGAACAAUUAGUUCGAAAUAUGCUCUCAGAGGCAUCCCAUCCCUUAGACUUUGAUGCGUUUGUCAACCUUCUAGGGUACAAAACCCUUGAACUUGACUCCGAAGAAACAUUGAAGGCGGCUUUAGCACGCUGGGAUGCCGAAAAUACUGGAUAUAUAUCGGAGGAAAGGAUUAGACAUGAUCUCAUGACGUGGGGUGAUCGUUUUACAGAAAAAGAAACAGACUACGCCUUAGACGAAGCGCCGACUAUUGACAAGAAUGGGAAAACUAUGAUCGAUUAUAUACAAUUCUGUAGUCAGUUAAGUGGUCUAAGAAAGGCAAAUAAAUAA